CAAGCAGGACAAUACACAACAUGUGGGAAGGUCCUUUCUGAAGAAGGCUAUGAAUGGAAGGCAAAAAGGCCCGUGAGAAGAAUGGCAAGCUGUGCCUGAUGACAACCUCACGCACAAUGUUUUAUGGGUCCUCCUCCACCAUGGCUCCACCAUCCAAGAACCGUCUGAAGCGCCAGAGCCGGAUUUUAUCCCAAGUCUUGUACCGGACCCUGAGCUACAAGGAUCGGAGCUCACCCUCCGCGUCCCUGGCUGCUGGUGAGGAUGACCCAGCUGAGCUCUCCACCCAGCUCUCAGCCCCAGGUGUCCUGAAGAUCUUUGGAGGCAACAUCUGUGCAGGCACCAACUACAAGAGCGUGCUGGCGACAGGCAGCUCGGGCGCACGAGAGCUGGUGAAGGAAGCCCUGGAGCGCUACGGGCUGAGCCAGCUCAGCGCUGGGCAGUAUGCCCUGUGCGAUGUCAUUGGGAGGUUUGAGGGCCCUGAGAAGCGGUGGCAGACAGAGGGCCUGAGGGUCCUGGGUGACCAUGAGAAGCCACUGCUCAUCCAGGACCUUUGGAAACCCAGGGAAGGCUUCUCGCGGCGUCUGGAACUGCGCAAGAGGGCAGAGGUGGAGGAGCUGGCAGCCAGAGAUGUGGACACCACUACCGCAGGCAUCAACGCCCAAGCACGGAAGCUGCAGCGGCACCGGGCGCGGGGGGCCCGGCGGCCAGCGGCGGGGACUGAGCGACGCGGGGCCCCCCCAGCCCCGGCCCUGCGGCGCAGCCUCAGCGAGACCAGCCUGGGCAACCCGGUUCGGCGAGGUGGGAGCGGGAGCGGGAACGGGGAGCGUCUCCAGCGGCACUGCUCCACCCUGCCCGGCAGCCCGGCGGCGCGGAGCAGCGGCAGCAUGCGGUACUCUCUCUACCAGUCCCCGCACCUCCUGCUCUUGCAGGGCUACAGCCAGCAGCAUGACAGCUUGGUUUACCUGCUGAACCGUGAGCAGCACACAGUGGGGCAGAGGACGCAGGCCAGCAAGCCCAGCAUCAGCCUGUCAGCUCCUGACAUUCUGCCCCUGCACUGCACCAUCCGAAAGCUCCGACCUUCCCGGCACCGCUCAGAGGAGAGGCUGGUGCUGGAGCCCAUCGCUGGUGCCGGCAUCUCCAUCAACUUCGCCAAGGUGGCCCGGACAGUCGUGCUGCGGCACGGGGACCUCCUGUCCCUUGGUCUCUACUAUUUGCUCCUCUACAAGGACCCCAUGAAGGCGCAGCCGCUGCCGGCACAGACCCUGCUGAGGCUGCGAGCCCUGCACCCUGCUGCCCCCGAGGGUCCUCCCGUCUGCAGGGCGUGUGGCAGCCUGAUGAAGGAGAGGGACUCUGCCACCAAAAAGCAGGGACCCUCCAGUGGCCCCAGGCCACCUCGCAGGAAGCUGUUGCUGGAGUUUGAUCCAUCAGCUGAGGAUGUGCUGCUGCAGCGCAUCAUGACCCUGAUCGAGCCAGGGGGCGACGACCACAAGCUGACACCUGCCUUCCUGCUCUGCCUCUGCAUCCAGCACUCAGCCACCAGCUUCGAGCCUGGCGACUUUGGGCAGCUGCUGCUGAAAGUGGCCAAAAUGAUCCAGAGGACGGUGUGGGAGCGGACACGGGAGCUGGCCGAAAAGCAGUCCCAGCACCAGGACCCUGCCACCCUGUCUCGCUUCACCAUCACAGACCUUCUGCCAGAUCUGCAGCACAUCCUGUUCUGGAUGGCCAAUGCCAUUGAGGUCCUCUACUUCAUCCAGCAGAAAUCACCCACCUACAUCCAGAGCAUGGAGGAGGAGCUGGACGUCAAAGGCUCCAAGGAGUCUCUGUUCUCCUCGACCAUCACAGCCAGCGAGGAGGCGAUGACAGUGCUGGAGGAGGUGGUCAUGUACACCUUCCAGCAGUGCGUCUACUACAUCUCCAAGUGUCUGUACGUAUCACUCCCCGCCCUGCUGGAGUGUAACCCCUUCCAGAACGACUGCCGGGAUAGCUGGCGAGCGUCCCCACCGCUGCCCGAGGAGCUCCGCAGGGUCGUGCUCAUCUACCAGGCAGCACUGGACCUGCUCCGCCAGUAUGAGGUGCACCCAGAGAUCACCUCCCAGAUGUUUGCUUACCUCUUCUUCUUCUCCAACACACUGCUCUUCAACCAGCUCCUGGAUAAGGGUUCCUCUCUUGGCUGCUUCCAUUGGUCUCAAGGGGUGAAGCUGCGGACCAGUGUCCGUCUGCUCCUGGAAUGGUUGCGUGGAGCUGGCUUCGAGCAGCUCGCCCAGCAGUUCUUUGCCAAACUUGCUUGUGUGGCUAACCUGCUGGCCAUGCCUGGCUCCCAGCUGGUCCAGAUGACCUGGCCAUCCCUGCGAGCUGAGUUCCCAGCGCUGAGCCCUGCACAGCUGCACCGGGUGUUGAGCCAGUGCCAGGCAGUGAUGGAUGUGGGCUGCAUCGCAGCGUGGCAGCCCGGCGAGGAGGAGAGCCCAGCCACCUUCCAGCCUGAUGAGAUGCUGGAGUCCUUUGACAACCACCCGCCCAUCAUCCUGCCCAGCGGGGGCUUCAAAGUGGACCUGGAGAUGGAGACAUUGGAUGACAACAUCUACCGCCACCUCCUCUACAUCCGCCACUUCCUCUGGAGCCUGCAGAGCAAGAGCCCCAGCACCAGCGAGGGGCCAGGCUCAGCACCCCCAAAGCAAGAGGCAUCCACGACGGCAGAUGUCCUGGAGGUGAGCAAGAACCCAGCUGUCACCCUGGGGACCACCAGCACCCAAGAGGGCUACUGCUCCACGGGGGGCUGUGCUGAGGCAGAGAGGAGCUCCCCUCUCUGUCUGGCCAACAAUGGCUGCACCUGUGAGCGCCCCACCGGUGAGCCCCAGCUCCAGGAGAAGCUCAAGCAGCUGCAGCUGAGCAAGAGUCCAGCUCCCAAGGCCAGCAUGACACCUACAGACCCCUCCUGCCUGCUGACACCACCCACCACCCCCCUGAACUUUGACUCUGGAAGCCCAGAGUCCCCACAGGGCACUGGCAAGGGGCUGCAGGACCCUCGGAGGAAUGGCAUGAAUGGCACCAAAGGCAGCACCCCCGAAGGAUGCUCACCGACCCCCUACGACUACCCCACACCAGAGUCUUCUAGCCGCAGCUCUGCCACCGAUGACUUCUGCUAUGUCUUCGUGGUGGAGCUGGAGAGAGGACCCCUUGGGCUAGGGAUGGGGCUGAUUGAUGGCUUGCACACUCCUCUCUGCUCCCCGGGGAUCUACAUCCGCACCCUGAUCGAGGACAGCCCCGCGGCCGCGGACGGCAGGCUCUCCAUCGGGGACCGCAUCCUGGCUGUCAACGGCACCAGUCUCAUUGGGGCAGACUACCAAAGCGCAGUGGAUCUCAUCCGCUCUGGAGGGAAGAAGCUGCGGUUUCUGGUUGCCAAGUCGGACAUAGAAAUAGCCAAAAAAAUCAGUUCCAGCUCUUCUUCCUCCUAGUCCUUGUGGUACAAGAGUGCUUCAGCAGCAGCUUGCAAGUGCAGUUCUGGUUAAGGCUGACCUCGGGGAGCCUGGAGUGCAAAAGGGAGGACCAAGUCUCCACAACUGCCCUGGCUGUGCUUUUCAACACCUUGCCCCUGUGCUGCAGUGGAUGAAAGGACAGACAAGGGUGGUGCAUGCUUCUCCCACACUGCACCAGCUGGGAGCAUCAUUCCUGAUCUAUUGCCUGGGCAAGCUUCUGCUGUCCUCCUCAGAAGCUUUCCUGGUCCUAUGUCCCCUCUGAUAGGAGGCAGGAAGGGGAUGCUUCCCUCGCUGGGACUUGCAGGCAGGCUCCUCUGUUCCUAUGGGCUGGCAAUCCUGCACGAUAUCUCAUACAGAUGGGCAGAAGGCUUGAAAAUACCUUUUGGAUUUAUAUAGAUUAGCCUGUGGGGCAGGCUUAGGCUUUACUGUGGCAGUGGCCACUUGAGGUGCUGGCACACCAGGCUGGAAAAAGGUUCUGGGGGUGAAGUCAGUACCUACAGGCAGGACUCUAAGUAGGAUGCAUUGCUAGGAGUUAAGUUCCCUGGUGCCAUACCCUCAGUCAGGUGCCUUUCUGUUACUGAGCUGCAAUCACACUGCCCUCAGCCCUGCUUUGGGAUGGGAAGCAGCUACAGCAAAGGGCUGACACCACCAGCAGUUCCCUGUAAGUCUUGGGGAAAGCCCCCUUGAAGAAAAGGACUCUAUGACCUUUGCUCAUACAGCAGAUUUAUUGUGUGGCUCUUGCACCACGAACCUGGCAAAAGGCCCCCAGGACUGACCCAGCAGCUCAGGGCAUUCACAGAAUUUCUCCCCGACAGGAGCUGUUUCCCUCUCCAAGGGGCUACAGCCAGGUUAGUGCUUUUGUGCCUGUUCCUGGUCCCUGCAAGCUGGGAACGGCGUGUUUAUGCCACCAGGAACCUGAGCAAGCCUUGGCAAUGUGCAGGGCCAGACCCCAUCUGUGGCUGCCACUAGCCCAGGCAGAUGAAGGACAUCUCGGCGUUGUGUCAUGGUACUCUCCCUACAGCUUUGCAAAGCCACCCCAUUUCCUGCCCAGCUCGGAGCAUCUCAGAAAUGCAUGCUGCUGCCGUGCCCAUGCGUGAUGACAGGCAACAAACGUUCCCUUUCAAUGCCCCCGGACCAGCUAUGCUGGAGUGGCAGCUCCACCAUGCGGCUGAUGGAUCCUAUGCACACACGACCUGACUGCCAACUCUUCCCUGUGUUUUUAGCAACCUGAACGGGAUAAAGCCAACCUAAUUUCCACAUACAGACAGAUCCAGAGACCUGGUUUAGCUGAACCCUAUUAAAAGAGCCUGCUGCAAAGCCCUACGUCACCUCCUGCACUUGAACCAGCACAGUCUGGGCUCCAGCAGCAAAUCAGACAUUCAUGAGACAUCUCACAACAGCAGCAUGCUGAGGAUUGUGAUGCUCAAAAAACUGGAUGCCUGGCAGGGCCGGCUUUCAGUUUUGGCUCCUGUGCUUAGCCUUGCACUUUGCAGAAGACAGAUGUCCAAACAAUCCACCCACAGGGAAGUGCUCCACUGCUGGAUUUGAACGCAGCAUGGUCUGCCAGAUGGACAAAGCACCUUCAGCCAGACACCAGUGCCUUGCUUCUCUGCUAGGCCAUGCUCACACAAACCGGCCUGGGGUGCUGCCCCAGCAGGGACUGGGAACAAAACAACCCUCCUGCCACUGACUCAGCCAUACCAGGCAGGUGAGCAAGGGCUCAGGGCCCCACAAGGCUCCUGGUGAUUCACUCGACUUUGAACCAAGCAGGUAUGCUGGCCUGUCAUCUAUGGAGCUCAGCAGGUUUGCAGGGCAGGAAAUGGGCUGCCUGCAGCUCCUGGGAAAACUGCAUGUACUCCUCACUCCCCUCAGCCUGGGAGCCUGGGCUUGGGGGAGGCUUAAUUUGCACUAGACAGGACUGGGGCUGUACCCUGGCAGUGGCACCAGCACAGCUCUAUGCUCCCCAGGAACCCAUGGGGGAUGAAACAGCCCCAGAGCUGUGUUGCUCACAGUGCAGUCAGGUAUUGAAACAGACUGUAUAUAUACUAUUUACUAGUGUGCAUGAGGGUUUGUUUCUCCUGGAAGGAGCAGCAGGACAUAUUCAGUCCCCCCACUUGUUAAUACUGUACAGCUCCAAUGUGUACAAACUUCUCCAGUGGAUACAGAACCCAGCAUGGCUCCUGUCUGACACCAGGCUGAUGUAUAUGGAGAAAUGCUCUUGGUGUCAACAAGAAACUGGAUCAAUAAAUCUCUCUAAGCUCCUAUCUGGUA